AUGCCUCCCAUUCCUCUCCAGAUCGCGUAUAAGCGUGUCAAACAACCCACCGUUGGUGAAAACGGCUAUGUGGGCUUUCAACCCGGCAAAACUGAAGUCCUACCCAAAGGCUGGAAUGGUUUCAACGCAAAACCCCUUAAAAGCGACAUUAUAGUUGAGCACGAUGUUGAAAUCGUAGUCCGCGACGGUGCGAGACUCUAUAUCGACAUUUAUCGACCCGCAAACUCAACGGAGAAAGUGCCUGCCGUCCUCAGUUGGUCAUUUUAUGGCAAGAAAUAUAGUGCUUUGGAAAUGCUCCCUAUGACUGUGUGGAAAUGCUGUGUUCCGCGUGAAGACCUUAGUGGUAUCGAGAAGUUUGAGGGUCUCGAUCCCCAAACGUGGUGCCCGAGGGGAUAUGCAAUCAUUAGUGUUGACACACGAGGUGCAGGACAUAGCGAUGGCCAGAUCGGUGUCAUGGGCACACAGGACGCAGAAGAUGGAUACGAUGUGGUUGAAGCGGUAGCUAAAAUGGACUGGUGUAAUGGUAGCAUUGGAAUGGCCGGUAAUUCGGCGUUGGCUAUCUCUCAAUGGUUCAUCGCCGCUCAGCAGCCACCUUCACUGAAGGCCAUUGCUCCCUGGGAAGGAUCCGGAGAUAUCUACCGAGAGCAGUUCUGUCGUGGUGGUUGGUUCUUCAUGAGCAACUUCGAUCUUAUUGCAAACGCUAUUGUUCGCGGGCAGGUCAACUCCGGAUUGGAAGACUUCGAGGAAAUGUACCGUCGUUCGAAUGUGUCGAAUGCGUUCUGGGAGGAUAAGCGUGCCGAUAUGACAAAGAUUCAGUGCCCCGUCUACAUUCGAGGAAGCGACAUCUCAUCCAUCCACACAAUGGGAAGUGUUCGUGCAUGGCUGGAACUACCCCAUGACAACAAAUGGAUUCGCUGGGGAAGCAAGCAAGAAUGGUACGAGCUUUACAGUGAGCCCGAAUCGGAGAAAGAACUGUUUUUGUUCUUCGAUCGAUACUUGCGAGGAGAGGAAGGCAAUGGUUGGGAGAAGACUCCCAAAGUACGCUGGUCAGCACUCCGGUUCGGCAACCGUGCGGCUAUCGACGAUAUUAUCCUCGAGGAUUUCCCAGCUCCUAACACAGAGUACCGCGAACUGUAUCUUGCGAAAGAUGGUCUUUUGAAGACAAAUGCUCCCUCUAAUAUCGACGUCGAGACUGUGUCAUACAACUCUGAGCAACGAGAGUCCAUCGCCGAGUUCUCUUAUACUUUCGACAAAGCAACACAACUCAUUGGUCUUCCCAAGGCAAUUCUAUAUGUCUCCAAUGAUCAGCAAGAUGACUUCACGGUUUUCGUGAUUCUCCGGAAGCGAGAUCGUCAUGGAAAGCUGCUCAUGCAUUUGAACUUCCCCAUUGAAGCCACUCCCGUUAAGUCUAUCGAGGAGAUACCUGAGAAGGAACAACAAAGCACAAACCUUCACCUGGGCUCAACUGGUAUAUUACGUGCAUCGCAUCGUGCUUAUGACUCUGGCAAGAGCAUCCAUCCUCAAUUCCCAUUCCAUCCGCACACGAAGCAGGAGAAGGUGAAGCCAGGAGAGAUUGUGAAAUUGGAAAUUGGCAUAUGGGCUAUGGGUUACGACUUUGAGGAGGGAGAGACCAUAUCAUUACAGGUUUCCGGACAAUAUCCUAGUAUUGCAGAGUUCAAGAGUUUCUCGCAGCCUCGACCGGAGCAUGAGUUGAACAAAGGACUGCAUACAAUUCAUAUUGGAAAAGAAUAUCCGAGCUCGAUUAUUCUUCCGUUCAUCAAACACUUCAUAUUCAUUGCCUACGACUACUUCAACCCAUUGUAUUUUCAGACCGUUCUCGGCGUUACUCCGAUCCAGUCUGGACUUUAUACGCUUGCCCUUGUGUUGCCCCUGUCUGCGAUGACUCUCAGCAGUGGGUUUGUCGUAAAGCGUACUGGCGCGUAUCGACCAGUUAUCUGGAUUGGAGCAAGUAUCAUGGUCUUAGGGACAGGUCUGUUCAUUGACUUUGGCCCGAGUCGCAUGAUUACCAAGAUAGUUAUCUAUCAAAUAAUCGCAGGUCUCGGUGCUGGACCAUUAUUCCAAGCACCCAUGAUUGCUUUCCAAAGCCAGCUGAUAGGAAAGGAGGAUCUCCUUGCGGCAGCCAUAGCUGCUUUCACAUUCUUGAGGAAUCUAUCCACGGCGCUGUCGCUCGUUGUCGGUGGCGUUAUUUUGCAGCAUGGGUUGAGUAGUGAUGAAGCAUCGUAUCUUAGCGAUGGAUCGAGCUUGGGUUCGGGUGCGAGAACUGAGGAUGAAGGGCUUGGGGAUGGUAUUGUUGAUGGAUUGAAGACUAUGUGGAUAUUCUACACCGCUGUUGGAGGAGUGAUGUUGAUCUCAUCUUUUGCAAUUGGCAAAAGGGAUCUUGAUAGCGAUUCGGAUGAGUAG